AAAGACCUUUGAAGACAAGAAUACCCCUUUGCAUAUAUAGCAACCCAUUUGCCACUGUAAUGGUAAGAUUGAUCACUGCAUCUGUAUGUGUGAGAGAGAGAAAUUGAAACAACUGAACAACAACAAAAGGGAGGACAUAAACUUCACGACUCCCUUUUCUUCUCUCUCUACUUUCUCUCUCUACAAAUGGUUCAUCUUGACGUCUGAAGGACAAAGUCUGAGACACACACUAAAGCGAUAGUCAUGGGUUGCUGUGCGUCGUCGUUUCUAGCGGAGACACACCCGGAAAAAGUACACAAGCUUCACCAUGACAGCCCAAAAAACCCACCAUUCAACCACCCAUCACCCUCCGGUGGCGGGCACGACCCGGUAACCGCCACCGGCGUACCCUCCUUCUCGGAGUUCUCCUUCGCCGACCUCAAAGCCGCCACCAACAACUUCAGCUCCGAUUACAUCGUCUCCGAGAGCGGCGAAAAAGCCCCCAAUCUUGUCUACAAGGGUCGCUUGCAGAACCGCCGAUGGAUUGCUGUAAAGAAAUUUACCAAAUUAGCUUGGCCCGACCCGAAACAGUUUGCGGAGGAGGCUUGGGGUGUUGGGAAGUUGCGGCAUCGAAGGCUCGCGAAUUUGAUUGGGUACUGCUGUGAUGGUGAUGAGAGAUUGCUUGUUGCAGAGUACAUGCCCAAUGAUACUCUUGCUAAGCAUUUAUUUCACUGGGAAAAUCAAACCAUUGAAUGGGCCAUGCGUUUGAGAGUAGCACUAUAUAUAGCUGAAGCCUUACACUAUUGUAGUGCUGAAGGCCGUCCGUUGUACCAUGAUCUGAAUGCUUACAGGGUCCUCUUUGAUGAGGAUGGCGAUCCGAGGCUUUCAUGUUUUGGUUUGAUGAAAAAUAGUAGAGAUGGAAGAAGUUAUAGCACAAAUCUUGCCUACACACCUCCGGAGUAUCUAAAAAAUGGAAGGGUCACCCCUGAAAGUGUUAUAUACAGCUUUGGCACUGUCCUAUUGGAUCUGUUAAGUGGAAAGCACAUCCCUCCAAGUCACGCUCUUGAUAUGAUACGUGGCAAGAACAUCAUUCUCUUAAUGGACUCACAUUUGGAGGGAAAGUUCUCUACAGAGGAAGCAACAGUAGUUGUUGGUCUUGCUUCUCAGUGUUUGCAGUAUGAACCUAGAGAGCGACCUAACACAAAGGAUCUUGUUGCGGCACUUGCUCCACUACAAACCAAAUCAGAUGUUCCAUCUUAUGUAAUGCUUGGGAUAUCGAAACAUGAGGAAGCCCCACCAACCCCACAACGGCCUCUAUCACCUAUGGGUGAGGCCUGUUCACGAAUGGACCUCACAGCAAUCCAUCAGAUAUUGGUUAUGACGCACUACCGGGAUGAUGAAGGAACCAAUGAGUUAUCUUUUCAAGAAUGGACCCAACAGAUGAGAGAUAUGCUGGAGGCACGGAAGCGUGGUGACUAUGCAUUCCGUGAUAAGGAUUUUAAAACUGCCAUUGAUUGUUAUUCUCAGUUCAUAGAUGUAGGAACCAUGGUCUCCCCAACUGUUUAUGCACGACGAAGUCUGUGUUAUCUCCUAUGUGAUCAACCUGAUGCUGCCCUUAGAGAUGCAAUGCAAGCACAAUGCGUCUAUCCAGACUGGCCAACGGCCUUUUACAUGCAGUCAGUUGCCCUUGCAAAACUGGACAUGCACCAGGAUGCUGCUGACAUGUUGAAUGAGGCUGCUGGACUUGAAGAGAAGAGGCAAAAAGGUGGGAGAUAAUCAUGAGAAUCAACCCAUAUAAAUCACAAGGAAAUUUAUUCAUCGCCAUCUGUUGUUCUUAACAACUUCCUGACUUAGUAAAAUGAGUACCGGAAUUGAAAUCAUCUACUUGUCGUCUUUGCUGCAAAUGUAUUUAUAGGGACAAACUAGUUCCUGCAUUAAUAAAAUUGUUUUCUUUCACCA